GUAAUGAGGUCAAUGCUGUCUCAGCAGCUAUUUCACAUGAUGUUCAACACAACAAGUCACUAAACAAGUACACACCUUCAGAGCCUCACAUCAGUGCAGUGAAGACAAGAAGAGGUAUGACUACCACCAGUGGGUAUGUCCGUCUCAAUAUUGGAGGGGAGAUAUUUGCCACGUCCAAGACGACCCUCCUCUCAGCUGGAGAGAGCUUCUUCAGCAGUCUAUUGUCUGAGCGACAUGAGAGUGCCAGGGAUGACACUGGAGCAUAUUUCAUUGACAGAUCACCAAAGUAUUUUGGAUCUAUUCUUCAUUAUCUACGCACUAACAACCUUGAACUUCCAAGUGCACUCAACAGACAGUCUCUGCAACUUGAAGCAGAGUUCUAUGGCAUCCAAAAGAUUGUGGACCAUUUGAAGCACCUAGAAUCAGAUAAACAGAAUGCUGAAUCAAUUAAAAAGAAUGCGGCAGUAGUCCCAUUUUCCAAAAUUUCCGGCUGUUACAUUGACAGUGAGGAUCGAACUGCCUUCCUGUUUGGAGUGGAUGGAAAACUAACCUAUGUCACUGGAACACAAGCCUUCACACAAGCUAUGGUGAUCCGGAACCAUCCUACUGUUCCUAACGAAUGGAAAGUUGACCCAAUUCACUCUCACAGCUUCGCUAUAUUCUACCAGCAGCACGUCAGCAGAGGGACCUACAAAAUGAAUACUGAAGGGAAUGGAAUGGUUAUUACUCUGCCCACUGGAGGAUCAUCUUCCCAGGAACUCAGAAAAAGUUUGGCUACCCUCUCUGAUGACUCUGGGACACUUUGUGUUACUAGCUUUAGCUCAGCUGGCGGUGGAAAAUGUGUAUUUCAGUGUGAUCAUAGUAACCCCCAUCAUUUCCAUGUGUACAAUUUCAAGAAUUUUUAGUUAUACAUUUUGGUUUUGUUUCGCAUAAAAAUUUUCAUAAAAAUCAAA